GUGGUGUUCCAAAUAAAAUCUCAGGUGGACUCUUGAUCUGAGCCAUUUGCCAAAAUGAAUUCGAUCGUAUUCCUCGCUGCCUUGGCUAUCGUUUUUGUACAGAAGUCAGAAAGUGCUAUCAAAACAUGGCCUAAUGGAGUUGUUCCAGUUGCCUUUGAUGAUAGUGUCGAUGGCUUCGCCAAGGAAAAACUGUUGGCAUCAAUGAACGAAAUCCAGAUUAGUACCGACAACUGCAUCCAGUUCGUGCCACGGGAAGCUGAGACCGACUAUGUUGAAUUUUCCACAGUUAACGGACUGACUGAAAUCCCAGUCCCCGGUGUGAACAGUGGAAAGCAAUUUGUUAAAAUUGCAGAUAAUCUGGAAAAAGCCGAUAUGAUGCAGCUUUUAGUUUACAGCUUAGGAAUGUACAACACAUUCAGAAGACCCGACAGAGACAGCUUUGUGAAUGUGAUGUACGACAACAUUAAGGACGAAUAUCAACAAUACUUUGCUAUUUCCAACGACUCAACAUUCGUCCAGUCACGAUUCGAUUUCGAUUCAAUCACCUUCUUCUAUCCAUAUGCCUACGCUAAGGAUGCAUCAAAACCAACAUUGACUGCCAAAUAUGAAGGUGAAGCAAUCCCAUGGAAAGUGUCUCUCUCCAUCAGUGACGUACACAAUCUAAAACGAGGCUACGGAUGUGGUGGAGAGACAAAUAACAGAAUGGAUCUCCUUAAAGGACUUAGUCACUGCAACUUUGAGGAUGACCUCUGCACCUACCAGAAUGACCCAACAGCAGACUUUGAAUUCCAGAGAAGGAGAGGACCAACACCAACAUCUAUGACUGGUCCAAAUGCAGAUUAUAGCAGUGGAAUAGGAUACUAUUUGUUGGCUGAAGCCAGAACUAAUAAUAUGGAAAAUGCAAGAUUACUGAGCCAAACAAUUUCUGCUGGCGAAUACUGUGUACGAUUUUAUUAUCAUAUGUUUGGUGAUAAUGUACGUAAACUAAGAAUAAUGGCCCGUAACAACGGCAACGAUGUUUUGUUGGAAGAAAUGGAAGGAAACCAAGGCAACGAAUGGCACAGAUACACAAAUGCUUUCACAUUUAAUCAACCAACAGUCUUGGUUCUCGAAGCUAUUGUUGGACGAUCAGACACCGGUGAUAUAGCUAUUGAUGAUAUUUAUAUAUACAACGGAAAAUGUAUUGUGUAAACAGUUGUCGUUAUUUAUGUACAUAGAUGUCGCUUUCAUCAGUAACUUCCUGUUAGUUCCGAAUUCAUGAUCAACAGACUGGAUGAAAUAAACUAACAUUGUAUGAUGUGUGUACAUUUGUACAGUUUGCGAGGGAAUAAUCUGUUAUUAUAAAUGUACGAAUAGUUUUUACAUUAAAAAUGUUGUGUA